AUGUUGACUACCGAAUUAUCUGAGGACCAGGUCUCGGCAUUAAGGGCAAACAAGGAGCGAUUGGCCAAGGACUUGCACUACAGUUGUCAAUGGGGAUCGGGAAUACGAUGGGGAAGCGGUCCAACAGACACAGGCAUGCAGCGCCUGGCUCUGUCUGAAGAUGACAAGAAAGUCCGCGACUGGUUCGUCCAGACGAUGAAGGACUUGAAAUGCAACGUCACUGUGGACGAAAUGGGCAAUAUAUUCGCAGUCCGUCCUGGACGCAAAAAGGACGUACCUGCCACCUUUAUCGGCAGCCAUCUCGAUACGCAACCUACUGGAGGUCGAUACGACGGGAUUCUGGGUGUCCUGGCUGGAAUCGAAGCACUGAAGGUCAUGGACGAGAUGGGAUUGGAAACCGAAGGAGGCGUUGGUGUGGUCAAUUGGACCAACGAAGAAGGGGCCCGUUUUCCAAUUAGCAUGGUCAGUUCCGGUGUCUGGGCUGGCCAUAUCCCGCUUUCUAAGGCCUACGAUCUUAAGGAAGUUCCCACUGUUGCGUCUCUUCCAACUGCUGCUUCUGCCCCAGAGACCAUGAAAAGCGCGCUCGAGAAGAUCGGUUAUCUUGGAUCUGUACCAUGCUCCUAUGAGUCAAGUCCUAUGGCGGCUCAUUUCGAGCUGCACAUCGAGCAAGGUCCUCAUCUGGUGACUGCAGGUCAGCGUGUGGGAGUUGUGACCGCUGUCCAGGCAUACAGGUGGUAUCGCAUUACCGUCACUGGACGUGAUACGCAUACGGGCACGACUGCGUUCCAACACCGCGCUGACGCCAUGUUUGCUUCUGCUCGCAUGAUGGUGAAAGCGCGGGAGAUAGCUGCUGCCCACGGCUGUCUGGCCAGUGUUGGCAUCGUGGAAGCGAAGCCUGGCAGUGUCAAUACUGUCCCUGGUCUCGUCAGCUUCAGUCUGGACAUCCGAGGACCCGAGACGGAAUUGGUUGCGCAGGUUGACGCUGAACUCAGGAAGGAAUUUGAUGCCAUCGCCUCUGAGGAGGGCAAGGGCAUAGGGAAGCCUUGCCGUGUUGAGUGGAAACUCGACUUCGACUCCCCCGCUGUUAAAUUCCACGAUGACUGCAUCGACUGCGUCCAGAAGUCUGCAAAGGCGGUUGUCGCGGAUGCCAAUGUUCCUGAUCCAAAGUCCCUCAUCCGGACUAUGAUGAGCGGCGCAGGCCAUGACAGCGUCUUUGCGUCAAAGAGGGUCCCGACGAGCAUGAUCUUUGUUCCCUGCAAGGAUGGCUUGAGCCACCACCCGGAGGAGUUUUGCUCAGCAGACGAUUGCGCUACCGGGGCGUCGGUCAUCCUGCAAGCAGUAGUAAGGUAUGAUCGGAAGAGAUUCCAGGCAUAA